AUGUCAACCUUAGAGGAGCUCGAUGAUCUCGAGCGCCGCGAGCGCGAUGACAAGAAGGACAAGAAGGACAAAGACGACGACAAGGACAAGAGAAAGCAAGGAGAUGGUGACGCCGAGAUGAAGGAUGCAGAGCCCGAGGACAACGUCUUGGAUGAGGAGAUCCUGAGCCUCAGUACAGAAGACAUCAAGACUCGCCGGCGCCUGCUCGAGAAUGAUGCGAGGAUCAUGAAGAGCGAGUAUCAGCGAUUAUCACAUGAGAAAGCCACCAUGGCCGAGAAGAUCAAGGAGAACAUGGAGAAGAUCGCCAACAAUCGCCAACUCCCCUACCUCGUCGGCAAUGUCGUCGAGCUCCUAGAUCUGGACCCUACUGCUGAAUCAUCGGAGGAGGGUGCGAACAUUGACUUGGAUGCCACGCGAGUGGGCAAGUCGGCCGUGAUCAAGACGUCCACGAGGCAAACCAUCUUCCUGCCCCUCAUUGGCCUCGUCGACCCUGAAAAGCUGCGACCCGGCGACCUCAUCGGGGUAAAUAAGGACUCAUACUUGAUAUUGGAUACGCUUCCGGCAGAAUAUGACAGCAGAGUCAAGGCUAUGGAGGUUGACGAGAAGCCAACCGAGAAGUACAGUGAUGUCGGCGGUCUUGACAAGCAGAUUGAGGAGCUCAUUGAGGCCAUCGUGUGGCCCAUGAAGGAGGCGGAGCGGUUCAAAAAGAUUGGCAUCAAAGCACCCAAGGGUGCUCUCAUGUAUGGUCCGCCGGGCACAGGCAAAACACUCCUUGCAAGAGCAUGCGCCGCCCAGACCGAGGCCACCUUCCUUAAACUUGCCGGGCCACAAUUAGUACAGAUGUUCAUUGGAGACGGCGCCAAGCUUGUCCGCGACUGUUUCGCGCUGGCUAAGGAGAAAGCCCCGGCAAUCAUCUUCAUUGACGAGUUGGACGCCGUCGGUACGAAGCGGUUCGACAGCGAGAAGAGUGGCGAUCGUGAGGUGCAGCGGACCAUGUUGGAGUUGCUUAACCAACUAGACGGGUUCGCUUCGGACGACCGCAUCAAGGUGAUCGCCGCCACGAACCGUGUUGAUGUUCUGGACCCCGCCCUGCUCCGAUCCGGUCGUCUUGACCGCAAGAUCGAGUUCCCGCUCCCCAACGAAGAGGCGCGCGCACAGAUCCUCAAGAUCCACUCCCGCAAGAUGAAGGUUGACCCUGCUGUCAACUGGGGCGAGCUGGCCCGCAGCACUGACGAGUUUGGCGGCGCCAUGCUCAAGGCCGUCUGUGUCGAGGCUGGCAUGAUUGCCCUGCGGAUGGGCAAGAACAAGAUUGGCCACGAGCACUAUGUUGAUGCCAUCGCCGAGGUGCAGGCCAAGAAGAAAGACACGGUCAACUUUUACGCCUAA